AUGAGUGGGAUUAAGGUUAGAAUUGAAAACAAGUUUACCCGACAGAAUCAGCAAUUUUCUCACUUUAAGUACCACCACAAAAUCAAAGUUCUUUUAAAGCCGGUCUCAGUAAUGUAUUCUGUUGCAGUGUUGUUCCUUAACAUUCAGGAAAUCAUGAAAAAAGAUGACUUAACGGUUGAGGAGUAUUUACGUUGGGAAAAAGUUUAA